ACAGUAACUCUCUAUUUGUUUGUACAUGACUUCAUGUCAAAAUUAGGGCAUUAUAUUUUUACAAUUUAGGAGCACAUAUUUGAAAUAAUACUUUCAGUUCCUACUAUUUAACUCUCCUUUUAAUAUGUAAAACUUCCUUUUAAUUUAUGUUUCUUUCCUGCUCGUACAGUGUACUACUUGGUUCAGUUUGUAGAUGACGGUAUUUUGGACAUCAAAACUGACGACGACUUUAGAACAAGGGAAGAUGGCCUUAAAGAGGCACAGUAUGGGGAUACCUUUUACUUGUGCACAAUAAUUUUUGAAAGUGAUGAUAAAGAGGAAGUGAUGAAAAGAAAAGUUGCCAUGCAGAAAUUGAAAAACCCCAAACAAACAGAACAAAAUAAAAUGAAAAAGAUAGGAAAGAAAACAAAGGAAAACAGAAAGAAUGUUGGUGAGGAGAAGGAGGGUGAAGAAUCCACACAAAAAGAAAUGGUGGAUAGGGAAGAAAUUGCAAGAAAGAAAGCAGAACGACAGAAGAAACGAGUAGAACAACAAAAGGCUAAGGAAAACAAGGAAAGGGAAAAGGCUGUAAAAGAAAAGGAAAGAGCUGCUUUGAUGGAAAGGGAUAACCGCAUACUUGCAGAGAUGAACUCUUUAGCAAGAAAUCUGGAUGUCGAAAGCAAGCAGCCAUUUACCAAUUUAUCUGAUGAAGAGGAGUAUGAUGUUGACAGGGCUGAACCCAUGGAUGAUGAUGAAUAUUUUGGUGGAAGAGAUAUUAUAUCCGAAUGUUCAUCUUACCUUCAUCCCCCCCUCUCUCUUCCUCCCCCUUCCAACUCUGCCAAACCAGCUUUACAAACCCCAAGAGCAACAGUUGGUGGAAAAAGACCCAGGGAUUUCUCCCAGAGUCAACCACAACUUCCUCCAAGACCAACUGUGGGUGGAAAAAAGCCAAGGUCCACAUUCCACCACAGCUGCCAAAAAUGUGAGGAGUACAAGGAAAUCAUAGCUGCACAAAAUCAAGAAAUUUCUCAACUCAAGGCUCAAGUGAAUGGUUGUUAUGAAGAGCUCCCCAGACCUGGGAAAGUCCCUGAGAUUGUGGCAGCACGCUUCAAGAUGGUUGAGUUGUCAAAAGGUAGAGGUGUCUACUUAUACGAGGAUCACAUAAACACAGCCAAGAGUAAAAACAGCCCAACUUCAGCAGCAUGUUUCCUGCUCAGCUGCUUUUAUAAAAAUUCUGAGCUAGUGGGAAAGAAUCUGACCGGAGCAAAUGCCAGAGAGGGCUUAAAUGCUGACAUUGUUUCCUCAAUUUUGGAUUUUGUGGUAAAGCAAGGGGGGAAGGCCUCUACAAUCAAGCAAGCCCUGAGAAAUAAAAUUAGUUCUCUAACCACAAGGGCAAGUGGUUGGCAACCUGCCAGGAAAGUAAACAAUUGAAUCGAUUGAAUUAAGAUUAA